GAAGUAACUGCUGCUGGUGGGAAGGGAAAGUUUUAAUGACACAUCACAUCACAUCACACGCACACACGCACUUAUAUAUACACACGCAGACACACAAUUUAAGCGCAGUAAUUCAGGAGUGACGUUUGCAGACGGAUGCAGUAAUAAUGAGGUUAUUCUCCUUAUUUUUGGUAGUAUAUCUAAAGCUCAGUUGGAGUGUGUUUGCUGUAUUGGGCAGUGUGGAGAGCUCUGCUGCACACAGGUGUUUCUGCAAAGUCACCGGUAGUCUGGACGACUGCGCCUGCGAUGUGGAAACCAUCGAUGGCUUCAACAACAGAAAGCUUUUCCCUCAGCUUCAGGAACUCCUUUCUACUGAUUAUUUCAGGUUCUAUAAGGUGAAUCUGAAUAACCCGUGUCCGUUCUGGACAGACAGCGGCCACUGUGGCCUCAGAGACUGUGCCGUUAAACCAUGCAAGCCGAAUGAAGUACCCGAGGGACUGAAAUCUAACAGCUACAAGUAUUCAUUAGCAGCCAACCAGCACACAAAGGAGUGUGAAAUGGCAGAGAGUCUUGGUGCGGUCAAUAGCUCUUUAAGUGAUGAAACCCGGCAGUCUCUGCUCGAGUGGAACCGGCACGAUGACGAGGCCGACCGCUUCUGCACACAUGAUGAUGAAGACUCUCCGGAUUCGCAGUAUGUGGACCUCCUCCUGAACCCUGAGCGCUACACGGGAUAUAAGGGUCCUGAGGCAUGGCAGAUAUGGAACAGUAUCUACGAAGAGAACUGUUUCAAACCGUACACAGUUCAACGCCCGCUGAACCCUUUGGUAUCGAGCAGUGGAGACGGUGAAGGAAGGGGAUUCUACAAAUGGUUGGAAGGUCUGUGUGUGGAGAAAAGGGCUUUCUUCAGGCUCGUCUCAGGUCUCCAUGCGAGCAUUAACGUACACCUGAGUGCCAGGUACCUGCUGGACGAUAACUGGUUUGAGAGGAAAUGGGGUCCAAACGUGACCGAGUUCCAGCUGCGAUUCGAUGAAGAACUCACGAAAGGAGAAGGACCAAAGCGCUUAAGAAAUCUCUAUUUCCUUUAUCUGAUCGAGCUCCGUGCCCUUGCUAAAGUCCUGCCUUUCUUCGAGCGUCCCUCUGUCCAUCUGUACACAGGCGAGGCAAAACAAGACAAGCAGGUUAAAGAGCUCGUCCUAGAGCUCCUCCGGACGACCAAGUCUUUCCCGUUACAUUUUGACGAAACCACGCUGUUCGCGGGCGACAAGACCGAAGCAGCGAAACUAAAAGAUGACUUCAGGCUGACUUUCAAGAACAUCUCCAAGAUCAUGGACUGCGUAGGAUGCUUCAAGUGUCGACUGUGGGGCAAACUGCAGACCCAGGGGUUAGGGACAGCUCUGAAGAUCCUGUUCUCGGAAAAGCAAAUCGGAGCGCUUCCUCUGUCCGGCAGCGCCAAACCAUCCUUCCAGCUGAAUCGACAGGAGAUCGUUUCUCUCUUUAACGCUUUCGGGAGAAUCUCAACAAGCAUUCGAGAGCUGGAAAACUUCCGGAAACUGUUAUAAGAGCUCAAGCAAUGAAGUGACCUUGACCCAGAGUUGAUAUAUUUUUCCUGUGGAUAACCAGCCUGCUAUUUUAUCAACCAAGACAUGUUCAACAAUGUUUGUUUUUUCUGGAUUUACUCACAAGUUAGCUGAAGAUUAGAGUAUGUUUCAGGACCUGUGACCUGAUUCAGUAGGGUAUCCGAUGUUAUUAUGUGAAGAAACGGUGCUAAUGCCAAUUUUAAAGCCACCUCUCAGCAUAUACGCUAUAUGGACGAAAGAUUGUAGACACCUCACCGUAGGAUUUGUAUUUCCUUUUUUCAAACAUUUCAUUCACCAUUAGUCCCCAUUUGCUGUUAGAAUAAAACUCCAUUCUUCCGGGAAGAUGCCCCACUAGAUUUUGAAGUUUGGAGAUUUGUGCUUAUUCAGCCACAAGUGUGUUAGUAGUUGCAGCCUGUGUAAAAAAGGUGUUCAUAAGAAAAUGUAAUGCUAGCGCAUCUUAACAUUCUAUACACUUGUGUGCCUCCAGUUUUCUGUGAAGGAAGACACAUGGCUAAAAAGUCAGUUGUGUCCUAAAACUUUUGUCCUCAUAGAGUAGUUUUGUGUUCAUUAGGGCAUUUUAGAUAUGUUUAGAUGUCAAGCAAUCUGGUAGCUAUAAGCUAACUUGUUUAAAUCCCCAACCACUAAACAUGUCUUGGUUGAUUGAUUACAAUCAGACCUUCUGGGAAAACUUCAUUUAGACUCUCGAGAAACUUUACAAUUGAAAGAGAAAGUCUUAGUAGAUAUCUACAGGCACCCCCAAACAAAAUGCACACUGUAGGAUUAAAUUUAGCAUCUAGCACAAUUUGCACUAUGGCAAAUCCUAUGGAAGACUUUUGAAGGGAAGAUAAGAAUUAUGACUCCUCCCACAUAGGAUUAUUUAUUUAUUUUUUUCCUCAGGGAUAUAAAAGACCACAUCUUUGCGAGAAUUAAUGUGCAUUCUAUUUUGCGGAUUUUUCUUUUCUAUUUGUUAUGAUUUUUUUUUUUUUGCAUAUUGAAUCACAAUACUUGGUCCCUAAUUCAAUUGACGUCUGAAGAUAUUUGUCUAUUAAUUAUGUAAAGAGGAAGUGACGAGUAAAAAGAUUUACAUGGAGAUGCAUAGAGAUGUAAGAACUGUAUUGUGACACUUUUUUUCGUGAUAGUAAUAUAUUGUCUCAUCGUGUGCAAUUUUUAUUAUCGCAAUUUGACAACAGAUCUGUAAAUGUGUUCAUUCUUUAAUAAAAAACAAUGAUUUA